AGGCUUCAGGUCAAUGUUUUGCCAAAAGGUUGUUGUGGACUUGAUGGCGUAGAUCUCAUUACCCAAAACAGAUUUAUGAACGAAAAGAAUUUGAGAAAACCAAGCAAGGAUGACAGAGGUAUCAGGCGAGACAGGAACCGGAGGGGAUGCCGGGAAAGCGAAAAAAUCUGAGGAAUUCGGGCUUCGCAGGGAUCUCGGUCUUUGCGCAUCUAUUUCACUGAGCGGUGGUGUGAUGGUGGGCUCAGGAAUCUUCAUAUCAGCGCAGUGGGUGCUCGUGUACAGCGGUUCUGUUGGCAUGUCUCUCCUUAUUUGGUUACUCUGCGCCGUUGUGUCCAUAUUUGGAGCACUGGUAUCAGCAGAGUUGACACUAACAUACGGCAAAUGCGGAGGACACUACAUGUUUAUGCUAAAGACUCUGGGCCCGAUGAUGGCUUUUGCUACAUCUUGGUUUGGAUUUCUGGUCAUGUCCCCCGUGGUGUUUGGUAUUCAGACCCUUGCCCUAGCUGCAUAUAUUCUAGAGCCUAUUUUCCCAGGAUGCUCUGAGAGGGAGGAUGUCAAAGUACUGCAGAAAAUUCUUGGUGUUGGUAUAAUUUACUUCCUGGUGUUCAUGAAUAUGAUGAGUGCGCGAGUAGCGGCCCUGGUGCAGAUUGUGUUCACAGUUGGCAAAGGUCUUGCUCUGGCGAUGAUCAUAAUCACUGGAGUUGUGAGGUUCGCCCAAGGGUACUCAACCGGGGCGUUCGAUCAGCCGUUCAAAGGUUCAGUGACCGAUGUUAGCCAGCUUGGCCUCGCCUUCCAAAGCGGGCUUUGGGCAUAUGCAGGAUGGGAGGUCAUCUGUGUUGUUGUCGAGGAAGUGAAAAAUCCACGCAGGAACUUGGUCUUUGCGGUGCUGGGAAGUAUAACUCUGGUAACGUUGCUAUAUCUACUGGUAAAUAUCGCGUAUCUAGCAGUGCUGACCGCACCAGAGGUCAAAGCAUCUCCUGCGACAGCUGUGUCCUUCGCUCAGCGGAUGUACGGAACUGGGGUACAAUGGCUCAUCCCACUCUGCGUGUCGGCAACGGUGUUCGGUACGAUGAACGCACGUGUGUACGGCUUGGGAAGGAUGUACUUCGCGGCUGCACGAGAGGGUCACUUACCCAGAGUUCUGGCCAUGUUACACACGGAUAAGCGAACACCAAUACCCGCCAUGCUGUACCUGGCUUUUAUCAUUACUGUCAUCCUCAUCCCUCGCCAAACCUCGGUCAAAAUGUUGCUCAAAAUUUUGGGCUUCGGAAUGUGGAUGAAUGACUCAUUGUUGACGAUUGGUUUGCUUUGGACAAGAUAUAAACGUCCAGACCUCGCUCGGCCUUUUAAGCCUCCUGUGAUUGUUCCCAUCAUAUACCUUGCAAUUGCACUCUACCUCGCCAUUACACCAAUCGCAGCCGCCCCAUUGGAGUCGCUUUUCGCAUACAUUAGCUUCUUUGCCGGGAUCCCGGUCUACUUGGUACUGGUCCGCUACAAACUACAGCCGAGAUGGCUCAUGGCUAUGUUGGAUUCACUAGAGUUCAAGACACAGCAAUUGUUUGAUCUGCAAUACCCAACCACAAACGUCAAGUAAAGAAUACCUACUACCGUCAAGUAAGAAUAUCUACUACCGUCAAGUAAGAAUAUCUACUACCGUCAAGUAAAGAAUACCUACUACCGUCAAGUAAGAAUAUCUACUACCGUCAAGUAAAGAAUACCUACUACCGUCAAGUAAGAAUACCUACUACCGUCAAGUAAGAAUACCUACUACCGUCAAGUAAGAAUACCUACUACCGUCAAGUAAGAAUACCUACUUCCGUCAAGUAAAGAAUACCUACUACCGUCAAGUAAGAAUACCUACUACCGUCAAGUAAUAAUACCUACUACUGUCAAGUAAGAAUAUCUACUACCGUCAAGUAAAGAAUACCUACUACCGUCAAGUAAGAAUACCUACUACCGUCAAGUAAGAACACCUACUACCGUCAAGUAAGAAUACCUACCACCGUCAAGUAAAGAAUACCACAACCGUCAAGUAAAGAAUACCACAACCGUCAAGUAAUGAAUACCUACUUCCGUCAAGUAAAGAAUACCUAAAUCAAGAUUGCUGAAAAGGAUCGAAAGAAAACUAAGUUGGGACCAUUUUAUCUGUCGUUUUUAUAUGCAAGUAAUAAUCCAGCUUAUCCAGUUUGAAUUUACUUUAGAAUGAAGUGUCUCUUUUUAUACUUUUCAUUCCCCUUCAGCAUCUUUUUGUAAAGCAACAAUUAAAAAAAUUCCAAUAAG